CACCGCAAGGCCUACCACAGGUAGGAGCCUGUGGGCCCCAUCUCAUCCCACCGGGGCGGCCCACAUUGCCAGUUUGGCCCAUUUGUCCCGUUUUCCCUGCAAGCCUUCGCUUUCACUUUCACCCUCCGGGCCGGGAGGCCACAGCCCUCAGGGCCGCCCCAAUGGUGCCACGCUCCGCCCACGGCCGCUGCUGCCCCGGCCGGGUGUCAUCAUCCCAGGGCCACACGCAGCAGAGCUGCCAGGCCGCAGCGCCCACCAUGGCCCUGUCCGAAGCCCUGGAGCGGCUGUAUGAGGAGGCCAUCUGCUCCAUCUGCCUGGAGUACAUGAGCGAGCCUGUCAGCAUCGACUGCGGGCACAACUUCUGCCGCGGCUGCAUCGGGAAGCACUGCCAGGAGAAGGGGCUGUGGAACGACAUGCCCUUCUCCUGCCCGCAGUGCCGGGCCCCCUGCCGCCGCAGCAGCCUGCGGCCCAACCGGCAGCUGGCCAACAUUGUGGAGAGCAUCCGGCAGCUGGGGCUGCGGGGCGGUGCGGGGACGGCGACGGGGACAGGAACAGGGACCCCGCUUUGCCCCCUGCAUGACGAGCGCCUCAAGCUCUUCUGCGAGGUGGACGAGCAGGCCAUCUGCGUGGUGUGCCGGGAGUCCCAGCAGCACCGCUCGCAUACCGUCUAUCCCAUCGAGGAGGCUGCACAGGUGUACAAGGUCAAACUCCAGAAAUCACUGGAGCAACUUUCCAAGGAAGUGGAGGAUAUGAAGAAGCGUGAGUCAGAGGCGAAAAUGAAAACCCAGGAGUGCAAGGAGAAAGUGAAGAGAAAGCGGGAGACGAUUGUGUGUGAGUUUGGGAAACUGCAUCAGCUGCUGGCUGAUGAGGAGAAGCUGCUGCUUCAGAAGCUGGAGGAGGAGGAGACGCAGAUUCUGGUGAUGAUCUCUGAAAACCUGGCCAGGGUGACAGAGCAGAAGUGCUUGCUGGUCGAGCUGAUCCUGGAGAUAAAGGAGAAGAUGCAGCAGCCAGCCGAGGGGCUGCUCAAGGAUAUGAGACACAUCCUGAACAGGUGUGAAAUGAUGAAGUUUCAGGUCCCCAAACCUGUGUCUGUGAACUUGAAGGAGGACUACAGCAUCCCAGAGCGCUGCAUGGGUAUGAGGCACAUGCUGAGGAAGUUCAAAGUGGACGUGACUCUGGACCCUGAGACGGCACACCUUGAGCUCAUCCUGUCCGAGGACCGCAAGAGCGUGCGGCGUGGGGGCAGGAGGCUGCUCCUGUCCUUAUUUGACAGCUCCAAGAGGUUCAGCUGUGCUCCAGUGGUGCUGGGGCUGCAGGCCUUCUUCUCGGGCCGCAGCUACUGGGAGGUGCAGGUGGGAGACAAGCCAGAGUGGGGCCUGGGGCUGUGCAAGGAGGCUGCCUGCCGGAAAGGCAACAUUGUCUUCUCCCCCCAAAAUGGCUACUGGGUGCUGCGGCUGCAGAAUGGUGGCUACGAGGCCCUCACCUGCCCCGUCUCCUGUCUGACCCCAAGCGUCAGGCCCCGGUGCAUUGGCAUCUUCCUGGACUAUGAGGCUGGAGAAAUCUCCUUUUACAACGUGUCCGACCGCACCCACCUUUACACCUUUACCGACAAGUUCUCGGGGAAACUCCGGCCUCUCUUCUACCUGGGCUCCCUUAUGGGGGGCAAAAAUGCAGAGCCCUUGGUGAUCUCCUGGAUGAGGGACACUCAGGGGACCAGCUGUGUCGUCCUGUGAUGGGGACAAGCAGAGCUUUGGGGGCACAACGAGCUGCUUGGGUGAGCAGGAGGUGACAGCUGGUAGCCUCUGUGUGCGUGGCACAGAGCAGAGACCUAGCCAGGACCAUGCUGGGAUUGGAGCACCCGUUAUUCACCGGUGCUCUACUGCUCAUCCACAGGCUUCUGGUGGUGGGGGUUCACAGCCUGCUGCGUCAUGGUGCAUUGGGUAUUGUACUGACAGGAGGCAAUAAAGAGAUUAUCUGGGGAGCCCUGAGCAGUUAGCAGUGCAUUUUUGUGGUGCAUCCAUCCCUGCUGGUUAACACCAAGCCCUGGCACCCAGCAUCUCAACUCUGAAUUUUGGAGCCUGGAGAGAAGGUCCUUGUGUGCUGGCCUUCGAGCAGUGUGUAGCCCUGCUGCUGUCAGCUUCUUGUGGACCAUGUGUGUUGUCCAAAGGGUGCUGUGCCUGCUGGCCGUGACCCAGGGAGGACCUCCAAAGCAGUGGUCUCCCACGUGGCAGCUCUCUGGUCCUUCAGCUCAUCUGCUGCAUCAGCCAGUGCUGCUUGCUGAAAGCACCUGGAGGCUGGAGGUGCUGCCCAGCAGCUGUGCCCUGUGCUGUGGGGACAAAAAUAAUGAACCUUCUUAAUUUAGUGACUGAUUCAAUGGGAAUAAAAUGAGAUUUGAUAAGAAA